AUGGAGGACAGCAUUUUGACACUCACCACACUAGAUCUCACAUCGAAUGAAAUUGGAGAUGAUGGAGCACAACAUUUGGGUGAUGCAUUAAAGUACAACACAAACCUCACUACACUAAUUCUUGAACAUAAUGAAAUCGAAAUUGAUGGAGUCCAACGUUUCGCUGAUAUAUUACAGCACUAUACGACACUCACCACAUUAAAUCUUGGAUUUAAUGAAAUCGGAGUGGUUGGAGCCCAACAAUUGGGUGAUGCAUUAAAACACAACACAACACUCACCACACUAGAUCUUGCAGGUAAUGACUUCGGACAUGCUGGAGCAGAACAUUUUGGUAAUGCAUUAAAGCACAACACAGUAAUUGCUACUCUAUCUUCAUCCACACAAUAUCUUGACCUAUAA